GAAUUUUACGAUUUUAACAUUCUUUUUUGGCUAUGGAAUCAGAAUUCCUAGCUAGUUAAGCCUAUAUUUUUGCCCUACCUAAGCAGAAGUUUUUAUUUUAAAGUAUAGACAUACAAAACUAAUAUUUAACUGCAAAAUAUUUACAACUUACGUUAAGAAAGUUCACCUGAAUUGAUCUUCUUACCUUUCUAAAAACAACAGAACACCGCAGUAUAACAUUUCUCAAUUUUAACAUUUAACCAGUAACACCUUCGUCGACCUUUGGCAGAACUUUUUCAAAGAAAUAUAACCGCUGAAAAAAAAAGGAAAAAGAACCAAAAAAGAAAAGUCUUAUUAAGUCUUAAUAAAAUAACCGCAGCAGAAACAAAGGCUGCCGAAAAGCGUAACAAUUCCACUCUUAGGAGAACAAAGUGAAAUUUUGCAAUUUUAGUGAGUGCACCCGUCUUGCCUGUCAUUGCAUCAGUUUGUCAAACAGUCAGUUCGUCAGUCUGUCUAUUUGUCAGUGAGUCAGUCAGUGUGUGUGAGUGUGUGUAUAUUCUAGUGAGUGUGAACUCUGUGGUAAAGGUCAGAACUCAUAUGAAAAUGUCGAGCGGCAACCAAGAAGCAAUGUCAACAAAAGCAGCUGUCAACGCCGUGGACAUGGACAUGGGCAUGGACAUGGACGAGGACAAGGGCUCGUCAAUGCAUAUGCAUCCAGAAUCAUCAUCCUCAUCAGCAUCUUCGAGAUCGAUUUCGGCCAGCUACCAUGUAAAAGCCCUGGCCAUUCUGGUGGCCAUCGUCUUGUGCAGCGGCAGUUUGGGUUUCGCCGACGGCCUAAAGUGCCACAUGUGUGGACAGUACAACGAGGGCGUGGGCUCUAUAACGCCCUGCACUAACUAUACAAAGGACAUUGCCCAUCUCUAUCUGAAGGAGUGCACCAAGAAGAGCGAGAAAUUCUGUGUGAAAUAUGUUAGUGAGCUGUCGACUGUACGCGAUUGUGCCACCGAGUGCCAGGAGAAAGAAAUUUGGGAGACACAAACGUACUGCUGCACCGAGGAUGGCUGUAAUUCCGGCAACCAAUUGGCCUACUCCGUCAUCCUGUUGACCCUGCCAAUACUCUCAAUGGCCUGGCCAACUUUCGUUGAUUUUUGGAAUACGCGACGUUAAGUGGGUCUUCGAAGGAGCCAACUUUCCUUUGCCUGAUUUAUUUUCUAUAUUUUUUUUUUUAUAAUUUUGCAACAAGAAAGAAGAAAUGUAUAAAAUUUCAAAAGUUAGCAUUUAUUUUAUGUUCAAAAAAAAAAAAGAUUUUUCAAGAUAAAAAACAAAAUUCUGUGAACGGGACCUAAUCAAACUAAGAAGCGAUAACGAAAAUUAACCAUCUGAGCCUGUUUUUUUUUCUAUUUCGGAUUAUACAUAUAUGAAAGUAAUAUAUAUAUAUACAUAUAGUUUGCCAACAUGUUUGCUGUUAAUACUUUGAGGCUUUGUAUUUCUGACUGUCUUCCCAAGCAAAAAUGAUAACGAAAGGAUGUAGCCACAUCCAAAAGCUUAACUAAUUCAUAUUCACAAAAAAACAAAUAAAAAAUUGCAAUGCCAAAUUACUAACUAAAAAAAGAAAUCGUGUUAAAAAUAGCAAAAAACAUUAUUAAAGUAAAGAAGAAGAUAACUAAAUUUAAGAUUAUGCCAGCUGUCAAAAGUACAUAAGAAAUCGCAAUCAUAUUGAGAAGUUAAACGAAAAAUAAAUCAAUAUCGCAUUUCAUGAACAUAAAUAAGUCUAGUAAAACCUAAGAUUAAAACGAAAGUAGUAGUACUUAGGAACCCGAUGAGUCCUACAAAGGCAAGUUAAGCUUGGAUAUAGUAACUAUAAUUUGCUUAUAUAAAAGAUAUACAGAUAUUACGCAAAUGUCAAAGUCACGGUGAGUUUAUUUUGGGGUCUGUGAUUUUGCACUUUGGCGCUGUAAUAUUUGUGGUCGAUCUAUCUAUUCUAUGUUCUUUCCUAAGCUAAUACAGUCUACUAAACAAAUGUUGUUUUUCUGUUAAAAAAAAAAGAAAAACAAAAGAAAUCUAAUGUUUGUUAAAUAAAAUUAUAAAACUAAGCUUAAGAUUGUACGAAUUAUGAUAAUAGAAGCGAACACAAAGCGAAAAUCGAAGAAGAUGUUCUCACUCCACUGUUCAUGAGAUUCUAAAUUAAAUAUUAAAAACUAAAAAACGCAAUGCAAAUGAUAUAAAAAUCAAUUGAUAUUCAAAGUUGUAGCAAAGUCUAGCUCAGAUAGUAAACAUUCGGCAUAAACGUAGGUAAACAAACUAAUUAAUAGAAUUAUUAUUAGAAUUAUCGAGAGUUUUUAGUGAGCCAUGACAAAGUUCUUAACGAUUUUCUUAUAGAGAGCACUUACGCGAUUACAUUUUUAUUAAUUUACAAAUAAUAAUAUUUUCAACGAUUAAUACUUAUAAACCAUAUAUAUAUAUAUGAUGAACAAUUCAUAUGAUAUAUAUACCUAAAAACAUAGAUUUUAGAUCUAAGGGCUUUCACUAUAUUAAAAGCAAAAACAAAACCAAAAAAAAGAUAUACAAAAUGUUAAAUGUUAGUUCCUCGAAAACCAAAGCAGCUUGUGUACUCGUAUUUAAAGUUCACAUUUUGAAUAAUUUGCAUUAAAUUUCUCACGCCACUUAAUGAAAUUAGUAAAUCGGAUUUUCAUUUAAUUAAAUUUCUAUAACCACCCACCACUCAAUUUCAAAUUUCAUUUGACAUUUUGCCAACUAAAAUGUCCAGCUAUCUGCCUGCUUUUGGCCACAUUUAAUGCAAUCAUUUCAUUUCACAUUCUCUUCUCAGCGACAACAAAAAUUCAAAUUGCAAUUACAACAACACUAAUAAUAAUUGUAUGUAUAUGGGUAUAUAUGUAUUUCCAAUAAAAAU